GUUUUUUUUAUAUAAAAAGUACCCAUCACCAAGUAAUAUUCCUUUCUUUCAUAUUAUUCUACAAAAAUGUGGUAUUUUAUUGAUUAUUCCUCAAAUUUAUUUGUUAUCGCGCCGCUCGUUUUAUGGUCUCUUUUAAUAAUUGUUGCUAUAGUUUGCAUUAUAAAAAGUCCAGUUUAUAGAUCACCCGUUGUAUAUAUCACUCUUAUCGUCGCUAUAUUUGCAUUAAUCUGCUUGAUCAUGAGUUUCAUGACAGCUUACGAUAAUAGCAUAUACGACUUUGUGGUUAUUCCCAAUGAAAUUCUCACUCUCAUCCAUAGCUCACUUGUUGCUGUACCGGGGCUGAUGGUCUACCAACGACUCAAUACCCGGAGUAAAGAACCCGACACCUGGAUUAUCUACUUCGCGUAUUUAUGGAGUUGUAUUCUAAUUAUCAUUGGAAUCAUACAUAUUGGCACGGAAAGCGAAACAUACCAUGACUAUAGAAAUUAUGAAAAUUCUGAAAUGCUACACUUUAUAAAAUGCGGAAAUUGUGUGUUUGUUAUGUUUCUUUUAUUAUUUGUCGCACUCCAUUGGAAUACGCUAAGCUCAGGGAAGGCCAAAAAGACCUUGAUUGCUUCCACUUUACUUUAUGCAGUAUCAAUCAUUGCAAACUUAACUAUAUAUUGGGUUACUCAAGAAUUAGAAUACUAUGAUACGCUUACUGUAUAUGUUAUUACGAUAUUACUAUCGGAACUUCCAAUGGUUCUAACGCUCAUGCUAUCAGUACUUUUCAGUCAUAUCUGGCAGCUGAAUCAGCCCUCUCUGAAGAAAAAACUCAAAUCUGAGUCUACAAUAAACCGCUACUCAACAUAAGUUAUUGGGAACGACCUCCCUGCUUCUCCCUGCGCUCCUCAUAAAAUGUACAAAUACAAAAUAAAGCUUUUAAAUAUAAUUAUACUAUGUUAGAGCAACUAAUAAAUAUUAAGAAACAUUGCUGUAAUAA